AUGCGGGCAGCCCGGGAGGCAGUCCCAUCGGUCCUAGCUAUAGGUGCCAUGCUGGGCCUGAUAUUCGGAGGAUGUUGUUCAAAUGUUUACGCUCUCGAAGAGGUGAUCAACUUUGAGCCAUCGAGUGCCAUCACAGGCUACAUUGCACAGUUCGACAUUUCACGGCCGCCGUUCUUCCUAACCCUAAACAAAGUCCCUAUCCGCCGCUGGAUCGUCAACAUUGUCCUCUUCUUCAGCAUCAAUGUUCUUAAUAACCAUGCUUUCAGCUACGAUAUUUCUGUUCCCGUCCACAUCAUCCUUCGCUCAGGAGGGAGCAUCACCACCAUGGCGGCCGGAUACCUGUGGGGUAAAAAAUACCCCCGGAUCCAAGCCGUUGCUGUUGUGUUCCUAACUCUCGGUGUCAUUAUCGCUGCGUGGUCAGAUGCACAAGCCAAGGGUAAAACAGAAGGCGGGUCACAGGCUUCGUUGGGCAUGGGACUCGUGAUCCUCUUUGUGGCACAGGUCCUUUCUGCCAUCAUGGGCCUUUACACAGAGGUCACCUACCAAGAAUACGGCCCUCAGUGGAGGGAGAACCUAUUCUACUCCCACAUACUUUCGCUGCCGUUGUUCGUGCCAUUUGCUCCCUCCAUGUACAGGGCUUUCAGUCGGAUGGUACAGACAGGACCUCUUGACGUGGGUUAUUCAUUGCCGCUACUAGGUCCCGCGCUGGUUCGCGUUCCUAGCCAGCUUGUCUUCCUUGCCGCGAAUGUCCUCACCCAAUAUGCUUGCAUCCGGGGCGUGAACCUACUCGCCGCGGCAUCGUCAGCCCUGACCGUGACGAUCGUUCUUAACGUGCGCAAGCUCAUCAGUCUUUUGCUGAGCAUCUGGCUGUUUGGGAAUUCUCUAGCCCCAGGAACUCUCGUCGGUGCCGUCAUUGUCUUUAGCGCAGGCGGCCUGUACUCCCUAGGUAGACAGCCGACAAAACCGUCAUUCGAAAAAGAGAAGAAGGAACAAUGA